GUGUGUGUGUCUGUGUGUGUGUCCCAGGUAUAGCGGAGGGUAUGUACGCGCUUCGCGCCUGUUGCAAAAUUCAGUGCCGCAGUUUCGUUCGUGACGAAAGGAUGUACGCCCGGUUGUAGGCCGUACAUACACACACACACACACACACGCACACACAUACAUACAUGCAUACAUGCAUACAUAGAGAGACAUGCACAGCUUCGACAUGCACACGCACACGCACACAUCCAUCUACACAGACAACAUGCCAAAGAGCGGCGAAUACGAGGAGCUGGCUCAACUGUUAAAAUCUUGGAACGUCAGCGAGCUGUUGCCGUAUUUGCAAGAGGAGGCAAUUAACACGCAGGAGCUGCAGAUGUUGAAGCGGCAUCAUCUGAACGAGCUGCUGCGCAACUUUCGCUAUGGCACACGUAUACGAUUUGAGCAUCAUCUGGAACGCUGGCGUCGCUGGCUCAAUGUGCCGCUGCAGGAUGCGUCGCCCUGCAGCGGCAGAGUUGCCCAUGUGGACAGCGGCUCUAUGGGGCACUGCAGCGGCUGUCGCUGCUCGGGCGACAGCUUCCAGCAGACGAAAAGCCAUUCCAAGUCCGAUCUGUUGGAUGACAGCCGAUCCAAACAGCUGCCGGCGGAGCCAUUUGUGACGCUCAGCGAGAUGACGGAUGGCUCGCAGUUUAAUGUGCCGCUGCCGCUGGGCGAUCACAGCGAACUGGUCCACACGGAGCUUGUGACGGCGGAUCUGAUCAAGCCGGAAAUAACCGAACCGGAUGUUAGCGAGGAGAGCGGCGUCACGGUCCUGUCCAUAUUGCAGGCAUCGCCGGUCAAGGCGCAAUCCCUGCUAGAGCGUUUGGGCCAGAACGAGCAGCUGGAUGCAGUGCAGCGUCUGCUGCUGAUCCAGCUCAUCUGCAGCUAUUACGAGGACAAUCGUUUGCAUUUGACCCUGCAGCGCAGUCACCUGCUGGAGCGCGAGAUUCUGCAGCUGUUCCCCAAGGAGCAGCUCUGUUUCUAUCGCACUGAGCGGCGCGGCAAGAUCUACGUGAGAUUCACCAACAUGAAGCGGAACAAACGGUUUGGCGCCCAGAAGCGGCGCCGCGAGGAAUCGAUGGCACCGCCCACCUCCUUUGUAUCCAAGGAGGUCACCUUUGGCGGCGAUCCCAUGUCCAGUCCCGAGAGAUCAGAUUGAUAUGCUAAGCCUAGUUUCUAAGAUAGUUUCCACACAUAACUCAUCCCAAUCCACAUCAUAUCGAUUCCUAGAUCAUGUCCCAUGCACACGAUACGUUUAUUUGACUUGAAUAUCGAUAUAUCGGAUAUAUCGUCAAUAUCGAUAUAUCUUAUAUCGUAAAUAUCGAGCUAUAUUACGUAAAUAUGAUAUAUCUUGUAUAUCGUAAAUAUGUAUAUCGGAUGUAUAUCCUGUAUAUCGAUAUAUCGAUGUAUUGCAAAUGUCGAUAUCUUAUUUAUCGUAAAUAUCGACGUAUACUGUACAUUGUAAAUGUCGAUAUAUCGGGUAUAUCGUAAAUAUGAAUAUAUCUUAUAAAUCGUAAAUGUCGUUAUAUCGUAAAUAACGAUAUAUCUUAUGUAACGAUAUAUCUUAUAUCGUAAAUAUGAAUAUAUCUUAUAUAUCGUAAACAUCGAUUUAUCGUAUAUAUCGUAAAUAACGAUAUUCUUUCCUUGGUAUUACGAUAUCCAAACUCAUCAUCAUCUUAUCAUCUUAUCUAUUGCUAACUCGUAACUGUUGAGGACUACGUGUAUUCCAUAUAUGUAUGUAUAUUAGAUAAGUUAAGAAUUGGUUUUACUUUUUAUAUGGUAUGCUUUCAAGGAAUUUUAAUUGUAGCAUAUUAUCUCAAAGUUAAUAGCGUUUGUGAGUGUGUAUUAAGAUCGUUAUAAACUCUAGAUUUAUCUAAUAAAUAUUUACAACUUA